AUGGGCGAGCAUGGCAGAAGCGCAGUCAAGAGAUUUGUGCGUGAUGGGGAUGGGAGAGGAGGAGGAGGAGAUCAGGAAACGGGGAAGAUGCUGGGAACAGCUGCUGAAAUGGCAGCAGCUAUAGGGGACAGUGGAGAGGAAGCGGGAAGAAAAUCGGUGGGGGAUGGGGAGACGUUUCAGGAAGGGGUAACAGCUGCGCAGCAGGGUGGUUGGAACGAGCUUGGAGCAUGUGAGGAAGGGCGAGGUGGAGGAGGAAAGGAUAAUGGUGCGAUUGAGUGUGGUAAUAAGGCGUCCAGCGUGGGUAAGGAGGAUGGGACGGGAACUGGUGUCACUGGUGUGACUAAAACGAAUGGAGAGGGGAGUGGAGGUGGGGUGAGAGAAGGGAAUGGGGAGGGUGGUGAUGGUGGGGUGACUAAAACGAAUGGAGAGGGCGGUAGUGGUGGAGGUGUGACUAUAGGCGAUAUGUUCAAGACACUGCUGCAUGCGAAUGCACAGCAUGUGGCUGCUGCCAUUCUGGAUUGGAAGGAUCGAGUGUGUGGUUCUGACGACAGGCACGUGCCGAACCUGGCUGCUGCGGUCAAGCUGCGGGAUGUUGGGCCAGUCGGCUCGGUGCAGCGUGGUUCGGUGCAGCGUGGUUCAGUGCAGCUGUUAAAUCGUCAGCAGGACGAACAUCAUCAUCAACAGCAGCAGCAGCAACAGCAACAGAAGCAGCAGCAGCAUCAACAACAACAGCUGCAGCAGCAACAGCAGCAACAACAACUGCAGCAGCAACAACAACAGCAGCAGCAGCAGCAGCAGCAGCAGCAGCAGCAGCAGCAGCAGCAGCAGCAGCAGCAGCAGCAGCAGCAGCAGCAGCAGCAGCAGCAGCAGCAGCAGCAGCAGCAGCGGGAGCAGCAACAGCAACAGCAACAGCAACAGCAACAGCAACAGCAGCAACAGCAACAGCAACAGCAGCAACAGCAACAGCAGCAGGAGCAGCAGUUGGCUCAGUCAACGUGGUUGAGGCAAGAAGAAGCACACCGUCUCCUUCAAACCGCCCAUCUCAGCCACACGGCGCAGCAGCAGGCGCAGCAGGGGCAGCAGCAAGGGGGGAAGCAAGGGCAGCAGGGGGUGCAGCAGGGGCAGCAGGGUCCCUCUCUACUGCCUCACCCCUCUGUCACUCCUGCCGUCACUGCCCCACCUGCUCCCGCCUCCCCAUCCCUCCUCCCUCCCUCACUCCUCCCCCCCUCUCUCUUCCCCCCCUCUCUCCACUUCCACAGCCCUCGCUCCCCCUCAGCUCUCUCACACUCCCGAUCGCAUCCCACGUCCGCACCUGCCACGCCAGCCCCUGCAUUGUCACCGCAUGCCAUGUCAUCGCCUGCCACGUCAGCUCCUGCCUCGUCAGCUCCCGCCUCUGCUUCCAAAAGCAGCACAGCCCUGAGCAGCCUUACAACCUCCACCGUUCCCACUUUCCCUCCUUAUAAUCACAUUCUCCCAACCAUCCUCACACCUUAUAGCACCACAGGAGCAUCUCAAUCCCUAAACCUAUCGCAGCAUGAGUUCCCGAUCAAUUAUACAAGCAUGGUAGAUGGUAGGUGGCCUGUGAGUAGGUUCGGUGUUGCCGAGCCUGAUGUCCGAACGGCUCGGAGAGGUUCGGUGUGGGACCCAGCAGCAGGCAUGGCGGGUGGACCGGUCACACACCGAAAUCUGGAAAGAUCAGCAAAUCUGGUGAAUGCAGCAGGCUUGGGAAACGCAACAGGCUCGGGGAAUGCCGGAGGCUCGGGGAAUGCAGGAGGGUUGGAGCACAGAGCUGCAGGUUCGGGGAAUGCAGUAAGGAGUGAGAGGGAGUGUGGCUCUGCAGGGUCAAAUAUGACUCCUCCGAAUCCCGCGGGACUCGCAGCAGGGAGUCAUAAUCUUGUAGCAGAGGCCCAUCAUCCCAUGCAGCAAAUGCUGUGGCGGCAACACUUGCAGAUGCAGAUGGAGCGACAGGCACAGGGGCAAGGAGAGGCAGGGGGGGCGAUUCAACUGGGAGUGACAGGAAAAUCAGGGGCAGCAGCAGCUGCAACAGCAGCAGCAGACGCACAGGCUAUGCAGCAGCAGCAACACCAGCAGCAGCAGCAGCAGCAGCAGCAGCAGCAGCACCAACAGCAGCAGCAGAAGCAGCACCAACAACAGCAGCAGCAGCAGAAGCAGCACCAACAGCAGCAGCAGCAGCUCCCAUCAUUACGGAGGUCCUUUUCUCACUCACUCUCUCACACAUCCUCGCCCUCCACGCACACUCGCUUCUCCCACAGCCACUCCAUCCACCAGGGCUCACACACCCCUACUCCUUCCCUCAUCCCCUCCCUCACUCCCUCCCUCACUCCCUCCCUCACUCCCUUCACAUCACAGCUCUGGCACCAGCAGACCCGCACCCCUCUCUACCCUCUCUCCCGCCCCUCCUCCUCCUUCCGAGCCCCCCCUCCUCUCCUCCCCUCCCUCCCCCUCGCCUCCACUCAUCCCUCAUCCGAUCACACUCCGCAGAAUCACACUCUGCAUAAUCACACUCCGUAUGGUCACGCUUUGUUCACUCACUUUCCUCCCAUUGGUUCGCCUAAACCCAGCUUGUCUGCUAUUGGCUCGCCAGCUGUCGGCUCCUGCGGCCCCCCUCCCAUCUCAUCGCCCUCCUCCGCUGCUGCUGCCACGUCAGCAUCUCAAUCCGCCGCUGCCACGUCAGCACCCGUAUCCACAGCUGCUGCUGCAAGGGAUACGCGAGAAGCUGGUGAGAAGGAGGGUGGUGAGAAGGAGGAGGGUGGUGGGAGGGAGGAGGCCAGUGAGAGGGGUGCGAGAAGGGAGGAGGAGGCGGAGGCGGAGGGUGGGAGAAGGAGCACAAUGGAAGAGAGGGGAAAGCUGGAAGGGGGUGUGAGUGUGGGGCAGUGGCAGGAGCGAGGGGGAAGCGACGGGGGGAAGCAAGGGCGAGCCAGGGUUGCAGAGGAAGGUGUGAUGAUAGCGGGGGUGAUGGGAGGAGAUCACACCUCCCCCGUUCCUCCCUCUGCUUUGCUCGGUGUGUCAGAGGAUGACGUCAUCAGCCUGCUGGUUGCGGACUGGGCCGCGGAAGACGCUGACCUGGCCAUGCGUGCUGCUGAGCUGGCAGCAGCUGACAUGGCACCGCCGCCACCACCCAGUCACGGUGGAGUUAGGGGGAUGCAACCACAGGAGGUUGGCAGGAUGGAGCAAAGUAAUAUGGGAAUGGGGGACAGUAGCAGACCUGCCACCGCUACCACUUUGACUGAUCCUGCCCCUCCUCCUUCUCUCAGCAUCCUACCCGCUACUGACCUGACUACUUUUCCAGGCGGGCAGAACCUCACUGCACCGCACACCACCGCUCAUAAUGGUUACCACCAGCAUGCCACGUCACACCAUGGCAGGGAUCCUAGAAACUUCCAGGGUGCAGGAGCAGCAGGGGGCCUGGGGGAGACAGAUGAGAAGAUGACUAACCUGGUAGAGGGAACGAUGCUAUGGGGGAUGCCAGGUCAGCUUGCUGACACCAUGCCAGGUCAGCUUGCUGACAUGAUGCCAACUCAGCCUGCUGACACAACGCCAGCUCAGCACGUGAAUGAGGCUUAUCAAGAGGGCGGCGGGUAUGGAAUGAUGAUGCAGCAGCAAGCAGGGGAGGGGGGUGAGGGCGGGAGGGAAGGGGGGAGAGACCAGUGGCCUGACUGGGUGCUCCGGCACAUGUCUUCGUGA